AUGUCUGAAGAGUCCUCUGGCAUUGGUCAGUGGCAGCAGGAGGACGCCGUGGAGCCACUGCAGCCUUCGUUGCCGAUGAAGCCUGGGCAGCAGUGGACCGUCGGGAAAGACACGGAGCCUCCCACGGCCGACGCGACCAGCCUCACAGGUGACGUGUGGGUGCUCUUGCUACAGCUGCACCGAGAGAUUUGUUCGUCGACAGCAAGACACUUGGAUCUCAAAUCAAGCCUUGCCCCUGCUGAUGCCGCCUAUCAUCCGAGUUGUGAGAAAGCAAAUCAAGCGGGCUCCUUUGCGUUUUCUAGCACACUGGCCGAUUCGAGCAAGGAGCCAGGUAAGCGAGAAGCAGGUCGAGGACGCCUCAACGGAUUCGAGUCCGCUCGAGCCGAAACCUCCAAGCAGGAGUCGGGAGACGUCGGGAGCGGGGAUCGGUCGGGCUGCGCUUGGCAGCGGGAGCUUCUUGUUGCCAACUUGUGCAGGAAGGGCCGGCCGUCGUUCACGCCGAAGAUCUUCAGGACUUUCGAUCAGUUCGAGCACUCUCUCCGCGCCGAAGCUGCGAGGGCGGACUCCUUCCGAAGGAGACGAAAGUUUGCCAGUAUGAAAGAGCCCGGCGACGUGCAGCCGAGGGCCGAAUGCUGCGAAUGGAUCCGAGCAGCGGUCCGACAUCCAGCGUUUGACUUGUUCUUUGCCCUCGUCGUCGUAUCGAACUCAAUCUUUAUCGGUGUUGAAGUGGAGCAAGGUCUGAACUCGCUGGGGCCGCAAAGUAUGACUAUCUUUGUUUUCCAAUAUGCAUAUUCGGGCCUUUUCACGGUGGAGCUUGUCUUGCGCUUGGCCGCUGAUGGAUGCCAGUUCCUCUGUGGACCAGACUGGGUGUGGAGCUGGCUAGAUGUCUUCAUCGUGCUGAGUUCACUCUGGGAGAUUAUCAUUGAGGUCAUCUAUGUCUGGUAUGGUGAUGCCAACGCCCAGGAAGCUGCUGAACAUGUUUCAGGCAUAAUCAACCUUAAGGCCUUCCGAGUUAUUCGAAUUACGCGCAUCGUCAAGGCAGUCAAACUCAUGCGGAUCUUCCGCUUUGUUAUUGCACUCCGCACAUUGAUCACUUCAAUCAUCCACACACUGCAGUCACUAUUCUGGGCUCUUGCGCUUUUGGUUCUGAUUGUCUACGUGUUCGCGGUACUCUUCGUCGGCGCCGUGAACGACUUCAAACUGGAUCCAGACAACCCAAAACUUCCAACGAGAGAGAUGGAAGCAAGUGAUUUGUAUUUCUCGUCCCUGCCAGACACGAUGCUCAGCUUGUUCAUGUGCAUUGCUGGUGGAGUGAACUGGGGUGAGGUCCAGUCCCCAUUAAAGGCAAUUUCCACUGUGUGGGUCUUCUUCUUCCUUUUCUACGUCGCAUUCACGUAUUUUGCCGUCCUCAACGUGGUUACAGGAGUUUUCUGUCAAUCAGCAAUCGACAGCGCGCAGAACGACCACGCAACGGUCGUGCAGUCCAUUUUGGCCAACAAGAAGGCCCACGUGGAGAGGAUACAGGCACUCUUCAGCCAGUUUGAUGACCGGGAGACUGGUGUCAUCACCUUUGCGAUGCUGGAAGAAAAGAUCGACUCACCGGAUGUACGGGAAUACUUCGAGACCCUGGGCUUGGAUGUUUGGGAUGCUUGGACUUUCUUCAAGUUGCUGGACCUGGAUGCAGGUGGCGCAGUAGAAACAGAAGAGUUCUUGAUGGGAUGCCUCCGGCUUCGCGGCCAAGCCCGUGCCAUUGAUGUCGAGAAGCUAAUCUACGACCAGACCUGGCUCAUCAAGAGCCAGAGUCACUUCCAGACUUACAUGGAGGUGGAGCUAAAGCAACUGAAGGAGCAUCUAGUGCUGCUGACCGGCAUCAACUUUCAGCGCUCAAGCCGCUGCGCCAGAUUUAAAGGGUCAGCGUCGGCAGUGGACAAUGUGGACACUGCUAUCAGCGAGUAG